CAUGUGUAUCGCCUUGCUUACGACUGCCCAUCCCGACUACCCGUUCAUUUUGUUGAACAACCGCGAUGAAUUCUUGACGCGUCCAACUGCAAAAGCCGCUUUCUGGCCUUCUCCCAAUGAUCAUGUCCUCGGAGGUCGUGACUUGCAACGUCCUGAGCAAGGCACAUGGCUAGGUCUCACCAAAGAGGGUCGUCUAGCUUGUCUUACCAACUUUCGCGAGUCUGGCGCACAGGUAUAUGGCGCAAAGUCGCGAGGAGGUCUGCCCAAAGCGUUCCUCUCACUGCCUCCUCAGAGCACUCAGUCUUCCCAAGAAUUUGCACGACACAUGGUUGAAGAUGUUGGCGUAAGUGAUGUUGGGGGCUUCAGUCUCGUCUUCGGUAGGUUGAGUAAGAUAAACAUCGGGGCACAGGACGGUGAAGGGCUUGCAAUCAUCUCGAAUCGCACGGAAGAUGCAUCAGCUACUGCCUGGGUUUGUGGGAAGCCUGGUGAGGUUCAAGGCCUGAGCAAUUCACACUUUGGUGACAGAACAUGGCCCAAGGUCGUUGAAGGAGAGAAGCGACUGCAGAGUGCAAUUCAGGAGCAUGUCACAACAGGCUCGACCAAAGAUGGUCUGCUCAACUCCUUGUUUGAUAUCCUGAGUACGGACACUUUACCUCGUCGCAAGCACGGCCAAGAUUGGGAGACAUAUGUCUAUCAACUACGCAACAGUAUUUUCAUCCCACGCAUCGGAGGUGAACAGGUGGAUGAUUCUUCUGCAGAUAAAAUUGCUGCCGCCGAUGUAGGUCAUGCCGCAAAGACUGACACUGGGGUCUACGGCACCCAGAAGCAAACAGUCAUUCUCGUCGAUCAUGAUGGAAAGGUCACUUAUGUUGAGAAGACACUGUACGACGAAAAUGGGCACCCGACAGACAACGAUGUUCAGCAUUACGAGUUUAAAAUUGAAGGCUGGAAUGAU